AUGGCGGACAAGUUCGUGAUGACACAUGCCGAGGCCAAGAAAGCCGAAACGAGAGUAAACGAUAUCUUUGCCAUCAAGCAAUCCUUAGGGGAGGGACUGAGAGACUUCCUUGCCCGAUACAAUAGGGUAAGGAUGCCCUUACCAAAUAUGUUUGAGGGAAUGGCAAUCGCAGCCUUUCAGAACAGGUUGAGUAGAGAAGGUUCAAGAGCGAGCAGAAAGUUACUGAGCCGAUUAAUGAAGUAUCCCCCAACCACUUGGGAUAAAAUCCAUAACUCCUACUAUGACGAGGUCCGAGCAGAUGAUGACGACCUCAACAGACCAACUCGAGGACUCAUCUUGGUACAAACUGAGCCCAAGAAAGAACAAAAAGUUAACAUGAGGAGAGAUCACCCAGUCUCGAGGCCAAACAAGGAGCGACAUCAACCUUAUGUCAGGACAUCCGCUCCCUCCUUUCGUUAUAAAGACGCCUUGUCCAGGCCGAGAUCAGGAACGCACAGGAACGAUAGUUGUAUGCCUCCCUUGUUAUUUGCUCACAACCUUUGCGUUUCACCUACAGAAGUGGUCUACGCCUUCGAGAAGCUUGGAACGAAUGUAAAGUGGCCGCCAAAGAUGAGAUCCAAUCCCAACACCAGGAAAUCCGACACCCUCUGUGAAUUCCAUCAAGAACGCGGACAAAAGAUAGAAGAUUGCAUCGCCCUACGACUAGAGGUGGAAAACCUACUACAACAAGGGCACCUCAAAGAACUACUCAAUGACAAAGGCAGGAACACCUUAGCAAGGGGUCGAGAACGUUAG